AUGGAGUAUCAUCCUUACGCGCUUGAAUCCUUACCUCCGUUUCCUCGCUCCGAUUUCACUCCUCACGGCGGCUUGAUUACCUUCUCCGACACGCAACAAGACUUUCUCCACCUCCAACAACAACAACACUGUCCAGAAUCGAUGUUCACAGACUCGCCUCUCUCACUCCUCACUCGCGACUACCUGACCGAGUCGACUCGGCUCAAAAACCUCUUCUCCCAUGACGCACCGUUUCUCCACUUGCCAGAUCUCAAAUCCGUGGAAGACGCGAAGUCUCCUCCGAGACAGCGUCAUGUCGGCUCGCGAGUCAACGACACCUUCUCUAAACCUCAGUGUGUUCACGGUUCUAAGACGGUGUCAGAAAGAAUCAGAUCGUUGGAGAAAAUCAUGCCGUGGGAGACGAAGAUGAGUUUAGCGAAGACUCUCGAGGAAACGCACAAGUACAUCACGUAUCUUCAGUCUCAGAUCGCUUCUCUUCGUUGGAUGCCUCUCGAAUCCGUCUACCCAACCCACCCCAGGGAACAGGACGUAGGUGGAACCAACGCUCUGCUCAAAUCUCUGACGAGACAACAGCUUCUGCAGGUGAUUGCAAACUCUCCAGGCUCACGAAACGUGCUCUACACGCGACGCGUUUGUGUCUUCUCCUAUGAACAGCUACUCUCCGUCAGGAUGAUGGCUGACUCGGCAAGAAACCUCUAA